AUGUCUCCGAAUUAUCUAUUGAAUUUUAGUCCCUUGCAGAAUAAUUCGGUUAAUGCCCGGACCCGCACGCAUAAUCAAAUCAUCGUUAUCGGUAUGAAAUAUUUAGGGUGGCUCCUUGCCACAAAGUCCCCUUGUUUCAUAUUCUACGUCGAGCGCAGCAUCCUCUUGGAACUCGAGUCUACCUGUACGAGCUGCCGUGGAAAGCAAGUGAAAACUCUUCUAGUCUGCCUUGGUCCAGCUAGGGCCCAAAUCACACCCGAUCCAGGAGAGAGCUCGUACGAUUCUUGCAAACACUUCCUCCUUGGCUCCGAACUGUAUCUUUGGUCGGGUCCCUUCGGCGACCAGCUGGGUUCGGAACUAGAAUCUGGAUGGACUCAACGACUUAUUGAGGAUGAGACGCCGUGUUCGAGUCUGUUCUUGGAGCCACUUAUAUUCGGUCUCCCGCAUCUCGAGACGAUCACUCAGCAGAAGUUCUUUGCAACCGAUAUGACCAUGGAAGCAGACUGGGUGACACUGCUGGCCUUGGAAGUCACGAGCACGAUUACGAUGCCGCAUGGACGUGAACAGACCUUUGUCGAGCAUGAAAAUGAACAAAUCAUUGAAUUACUUGAUUUCGAGUAG